GGAUACAAUAACGCAAAUCCCAUCCCUUCCCUUGGCCUGGCCGAGCAUGGUCCACCCCAAAACACCGGACGGCGUGGCGUUGGCAGCCCGCAGACGUGCGCCGAUCUCCAACAAAAGAAAUCUUCAUGUUACACUGCGCUACGCUGCCCUGCUCUGCACCAACAGCGAGCCGCAGCACCGAACACGGUCAACACCAAACAACUGGAGUCCUGGACUGCCUAGCCAACGCCAGCCGUAGCUGACAGCCGUUGCCGUUGCACUGCAUCCCGCUCAUCAC